AUGGCCGGAUAUCUGACAAAGUUGCUCGACGCGGUUUUCCAUUCUGAACAAAUGUAAGUGAUUAGGAUCUCGGUUUUUGGACGAGAAACUGUUUUUUGCGGGUUCCUGGCAUUGAUAUUAUGAAUUACUUUUGAGUGUAGACAUUGUUGGUCCAUUACUCAGAUAAUUUUCGGCAAGUUGCCGCAUGAAUCGGCAUCCGUGCCGUUUUCCACGGCAAAUUGCUGUAAGGGUGCCGAUUCCGUGCCUGCUACGCGCUGAACCCUUGCUACUUCGUUGCCACAACCACCCUGCUACCGUUGCUGCUGCCGUGCCGCUCAAAAACCUUGCUUCCCUCCCAUCCCACUCUUUUCUGUUGCACGCCCUAUCCAUGCUGAUGCCAUGCCGGAUCCGUGCGUGACACAUGCUCACCCCAUGCUAUUAUAGGGGCACCGGACAGAAAGGGCGCCGCGCUGUUCGCAAUCUGACCGAAUUUCUAGGCCGCGAAGUAAUUUUCCACUGAAAACGUGGCCUAACUUUUCAAACUCGGCCCCGCGGUCGCUCAAUUUGCACUGCAAAAAGAGAUUCUCAACAGAGCGCCAUUUCUGUGCAACUUGCUGUUCGCUUGCCGCUCACGCGCCCCACCCUUGCCGAAAAUUACCUGAGUAGUGAUUGCUUUCCACUACCGUAACCCGUACCCGCUUUUUCAGAGCCUCCGGCCAGAUCGGCUUCUACAGGCACAGUUGCGAUGCGGACGGGACCAGUCUCGUGAGAGUCGUCGGCGCCGACGGGACCAACCAACUGUUCGCCUACGUCAAACGGACCGAAUCGAUCGGAGGGACCAUGGUGGAGCACUUGUGCAAAGCCUGUGGAACUCUUCCGAAAGGGAAAAAAGCAAAGAAGGUUACGGAGCAGAUUGAGAAGCCCGAAAAAGACAAUGAGAAGGAGAAUGAAGUAAGUCCAGCAAAAACAUCAAAAAUUCUGAUCAUUUUACCAAUUAUUCAGGAGGAACAAGUUCGAAAAGCGCUAAAAGAGAUCGGAAUCGAUGAUGUUCCGGGUCAAAUUGAGUUGGAAGAUGCUGAGCUCGACGUGGAAAAUGAAGACGUAAGUGCAUAGAGACACUUCGCAACCGGUUGUUGCAAUCCCCACAAUCGUUUCAGCUGCAACAAUGGACCGACGAAGACGAGAGAAUGUGGGAAGAGCAGGAGAGGGAGUCCGGAAGAGCGCGCUCGAAACACCCAUUAGCGCAACUGGUGAACCACGGUACCGGAGCGCUCCUCGUCGAUUAUUUGAAUUGGACGGACACGCUCGACUCGCAGACGGUUCGUCGCGAAACGGUGAAGCUCGAGGCGGGCUUGAACUACCGCGUCAAAAUGACCGAUCCGAGCGGCAACGUGCAAAUGUUGGACUUCACGCGCUCACAGUCUUCUGGUCUGAUGCACAAAAAGGUCGUCAGUCACGUCUACCCGUGCGGAGUCGAAAUUCGGCGAGUGUGUGAGGAAGAGGAGCGUGAAGACGGGGGAGGAUUGAAGGAGGUGUACGUGGAAGUCAUCCGAAUCGCGAGUCUCGAUUGGAUCGGCCGAUUCGAGCUGAUCCACAUUGUCGAGCCGAACGACUUCCAGAAGGUUGUCGCAAUGUUGAAUGACACGUACGACGAAUUGGAUGCCGAGAAGACGACGACGGCGGUGGGACGCUUCCGCCAAAUCGCACAGUGGACGAUGGCGAGCGCGAGGAUUCGAACUGAACAGAUUGAGGAGCUCGUCGAGCAAUUCAAACAAACAACACUAAAGUGA